AUGCUGCAGCAUUAUGCACUUCAUGUGGAACCCAGACACUUCCUUCUGAAGGUGAAAGGAGUAGAGACGUAAGCCAUUUCUCUUUUGAUGGAAGAUCAAGAAAACUUUACUAUAAACUUUGAUAAUUAUUAUGGACAAAAUAGUUAUGGACAAGUCUGUGCAAAAGGCUUAUUUACUUACACACACUUGUAGUCUGCCCCAUGGAAAGAUGGGCUAUACAUAUUUUAAAUAAAUACCUGACAUGGGCAAAUAUUUUGAUGGAGGAAGUAAUUUUUCAGGAAGAAGAGCAAGAUUAUUGCUGUAACCUCUGAAAUAAUGAGAGUCAGAAUUGGGGAAAUCAAUUUCUGAUUGUCUUGAAUGUACAUUCUGUUUGGAUGUGUCUAAUAAGCCUCCUUCUGAACUGCUGUGCACAUGACUAGAAAACCAAGGGCAGAGCCCUGCUAAACUUGUUUUGCUGGUGAUCUCAAUUUAGUUAGCACCACAGAGCAGGCAGUUCCUUCUUGGUGUUCAGUUUAUGAAAAUUAACAGUAGAAACUGACAAAUUCUCUAUUUUGUACUCCCUCCCCCCCUGUCCUGUCCCCCAGUGUUACAAAACGUGGGUUAACCCAAGCAGGAUGUCUACCAAGGAAUUUCAGAAUAAACUCUAUGCUCUUGGUAGCAAGCUAUGGCUCAAGCUCGAGGGACUACCCAAAGCUGAACCUUGGGAGAUUGUGUUCUUUUUCUUCAUCAUCUUGUUCAUUGGUACGUAUGAAUCAUGCUUGCAACUUUCUGAGCUUGUCAGAUGGGUCUAUUUUGUCAUUCAGGAGCUAUGAAUAAUCUAUUAUUAAUCUACAUGGUUUCCGAUUCCUCAGCAAUUGUGAUGCUCAGGACAGGCUUUAAGUAAAGGUUUGUAAGAAUUCAGUGCAGAUCUACGCUGCUAAGUUUCACCAUACAAUAUAAAUGCUACAUACAUACAUACAUAUAUAUAUAUAUAUGAGAGAGUAUUUGUGUGGCAGAAUCAGGACUGGCAGCCAGCCCCUAGGUUCUACAGCACUUAAAGUUUCAAACUGAACUUUAUCAUAUGAAUGGCAUGAGAGUCAACAUUUACAGAAAUGGUUAACUCUGGGUCAAAUGGUAGUGUUGCUUUGGGCUACCGUAGGACUUGCCGAUCGCAUGGUCGGCGGUUCGAAUCCCCGCGGCGGGGUGAGCUCCCGUCUUUUGGUCCCAGCUCCUGCCCACCUAGCAGUUUGAAAGCACCCCUAAGUGCAAGUAGAUAAAUAGGUACCGCUUUAUAGCGGGAAGCUUCGUCACGCUGGCCACGUGACCCGGAAGUGUCUGCGGACAGCGCUGGCUCCCGGCCUCUAGAGUGAGAUGAGCGCACAACCCUAGAGUCGGACACGACUGGCCCGUAUGGGCAGGGGUACCUUUACCUUUUACUACAAGAUUAUGCAUGUACAGUUUAGAGCUAACAGCGGACUCUCCCAGCAUAAAGAGAAUGAGGGUCGAUUCACACAUAACUUCUCAUCACUUGCAUUCUGAGAUGAAUGUAGGAAGUGUUCAUAUCCAUUGCAAAGCAGCAUAUCCAAAGCAGUAUGAAAUCUCUGCCUGUGACAGAUGUUCAAAUAUGAAACCGUCAUCAAGUGAUUAACAUGCAUGUGUCCAAAGAUACACCAGGUGGCAUGGAGCAGUUCCUGAAACAAGUGACGGGGUAAUUAACAACCACAGAUACCGAAGAAAGCUGGUAGAUAUAAAAGCAACCGUGUAAUGUUUCCUCUUGAAUUCCAAAGAAGAAAAGCCUGCUUGUGUACUGCAACAAAUCCUCCCCCUGUUGGAAUUGGGAAAGAGCCAGAUCAGCCUAGCCUUCUUUCAGCUAGAACUCUGGGCUAGCCUGAACUAAAGCUUUAUUUCCUUUGCCCUUCACCUGCUGGUACUCCAGUUCUUUACAUUAGAAAUCAGCUGUACCUUUAAGAACAGCUACUACCACUCAUAUUCUGUCUGAUUUGCAAUGGGGUUUAUAAUCAUUGUGCAGCUCACACCAUCCUUUGAGAACUGUCAGUAUUAUUUCUGUCUCGCUGAUGUGCUAGGAGUAAUAGUCAUUGUACAGCGGAGUGGGUUAGUGUUCGCAAGUUUGAAAGCCAUGCAAAAUCCUUCCCCAACCCAUUACAAGAAUUUCCUUUCCCAGUCUCCGCUAUAGCCCUAGUGUUGUUUAUGUCCUUUAUCCAUUCCACUUCCCAGGCCUCAGAGAACCAGCUGCUUCUUCCUUUCACUCCCUCCCCCUGCCUGUAUUUUCUAGGAAUCCAUUAUCUUGACAGUGAUCAUGACUGCCUACUCUCCACUCCAAGCCUGGGUGCAGCUGGGAGAGCAGGAAAGCGCAGGUUCCUUUUUUUUUGUAGGUGCCAAAAGGAAAACAAUGAAAAACAAUGAGCAUAGUUUGGGCAUGCUUGUUCUAGAGCUCUUGUUGUUAGCAACUCUUGUGCCCUCUAGUAAUUCCAGAGGGGACAAGACAAAUCUAAAAGCCAUAUCUGUCCCUUUCUGGUGAGUCUAUUCAUUGUAUUAGCAGGUUGGGUUGCUCUAACUCCUGGCUAGCAAUUCCAGAAGUUAAUAUUUUCUCGCGCUCUCUCUGCCUUUCAGUCAUGGUACUUUCCAUCAUGGUGACAGCUUGCACCGUUUGCUGUGACCACUCCUAUACAAGAUCAAAACCUAGGAGGAUCCAGCAGACUAGGUGUAAGAAGGGUAUGAAGAAAAGGGUGUUCUCAUCCUGAAGGAAAGUUCUGAACCUGAGGUAAUAUUUCUGGGUUAGUGGAGUCUGUAACCUGAAACUUAUGUAACCUGAAGCGAAGCAAGCCCAUAGGGAAAUUCGUCUUGUGGAACGACUCAAAAAACGGAAAACUCUUUCGUCUAGCGAGUUUUUCGUCUUGCGAGGCAUUUGUCUUGCAGGGCACCACUGUAAUGCUGUCACGGUCUGAGUCAAAGUCCCGGCUGAGGACGUCGAGACCAGGGGCGAGAUGGCAGGGUGGGAGCAGGAACGAGAGCCCAGAAGCCAGGAAGCCAAGAGUCUGAGGGCCAGAGAGCCAGAGUCUAGAAGUCAAGGGUCCGAGGAUCAAGAAGCAAGGAGUCACGAAGUCAAGGGUACGAGGAUCAAAAAGCAAGGAGUCAAGGAGCCAAACGCAGCAAGGCAGGAACUGUGUUGCUGUGGCAAAGAGCCAAAGGGAAAUGCUGACCUUAUAUCCCUUCCCAGCUCUUGCCACCAGGUGCUGUGAGUUACCAAUCAGCCUCACCUGUGUGGCCGCGCCUUGUCUCCUCAGAACAAACUUAGAAGGCCCCAGUCCUGCAAAGUCCUACUGGUCACAGGGCCUGGCUCCCGCACGCACUCCUGACAAAUGCCACUCUGAGACUAGACAGACUUCACAAAAGUGGAGGCUAGAGUGUGGGUGACUAUACUCAACUACUGGCUCAGACUAUCUCUAUCUCCCCUUGGCCUUAUCCCACUAACUAUGAGUGAUGAUUUUCAAUCCACAUGGAAACAGGCAGUGGCAACUAAAAACUCAUCCCUGGGCUUCUCUCCAGGUCUUCUACUCAGCAUGGGAUAUGAUCAGGCCAAAGCACUCAUGAAACAACAUGUAGCAGACACAGAGCACCAACUGGAUCUAGCCAGGACCCCAACUUUUAGUGCCAAUGAAUCUAUCAGGUACUCUGCCUCCCUCAUGGCAUAUCUAACUAAACUUGAAGUCCUAAGCAUCGGAGGGCCUUUACCCUGGCACGAUGUCACACCCUCCCCUCGGCUGUCAUUGAAGGUUGAUAUAGGAAGAGAGGCAAUGCCGCUGUGAUUCUGGACAGACAAACAAACAAUAGAGCAUGUGCUUCUCCAGUGCCUGUAUUACAGAGACAUUCGUAUUAGCCUCAUCUACCCACUCAUCUCCCCAUAAGGACCCAGGGUGCACAGGACAAUUCUAUACCUCCCUGCUGCUUUCAGAUACCAACCCUGCUACAACAUACAAGUUGCCAGGUUCUGCAUAGCAGUGCUCAAAAUUUGUCGGAUCAUGACCUGCGCCACAAACUAGAUUUAAUGAACACUCAUAUUGGAGUGCUUUGUAAAUCGAUAGCCAUAGCCUUUUAUAUACUAACCUUUUAUGCUCUUCCACAUCUGUUUAAUGCUCCUAACCCUUCUUUUAGAUUCUUUUAGCUUCUUAUAGUUUUUUAUAUAUACCUUCUGUUUUAAUAAUUUUAGCUUUCCAAAACGUUUUACAGAUUUUGAAUGAUUGUACCCCACCCUACUUAUGCUGGUCUAUGACCGUAAGAAAGAUUUUAUUUGAUUAAUAAUAGGACCCACAAAGGGGAGGGUGGAAGUCCAAAAGAUUCCUAGGAAUCUUGUUUUUAUUAUUUAUGUUUGAUAUAUCUCUGUAAAAUUUUAAUUUGAAAAACCAAAUAAAUAAAUUUGUAAAAAUAGAAAGGGGGGGGGAGAGGGCGGAACUGAACUGGCUCAGUCAGGCAAUAUGCCUUCUGCACAAUUUCAGAUGGAAGUUCUUUGCAAAAGAAGAAGGAAAAAUUAAAGUUUAGGGUUUUUCAGAUUAAAUGAUAUUUGUUAAAUUUUCAGCAGCACAAAAAAAAUCCACAAAAAUGGCAGCAAAAAGUUAAUGUACAAAGCAUUAUUUAUCAAUUUGGUCUGUCCACAGGGUUAUAUUCACUGUAAAUGACAUUUAUGCUACCUAUUACAAUGUAUCGCCACUAUCCCUUCUACAAGAAGCCAUGUUUUUAAGUUAGUUUUGCUUCUAUGAAUAAUUCUGUCUUCCUCUAUGCUUCUUCCUUAAGCAGCUAAAAUGA